UAGCAUUGUGAACUUGAAGAAAAGAAUUUCAAACUUUAAAAAGAAAUUUCUGUGACAUAUUGUUGUCAUUGAAUAUACAAAAAUGGCCAAAUGCCUUAGCUUCACAGCAUCAAGAGAUCGUUUUUACCGAUAUUUUUUCUCUUUUUCUGGGCUUCGUUCUGUAACAACAGAUCUUGAAGAUGACACCACUAUGCAUUGUUGGAUACCUAAAGUUCAUGAACCAACAAAACCUAACCUCUUUCUUAUCCAUGGAUUUGGUGCCAAUGCAAUGUGGCAAUAUAGUGAUCUUCUAAGACAUUUUACUCCUUAUUUCAAUGUCUACCUUCCUGAUCUCCUCUUCUUCGGAGCCUCUGCCACCAAGUGCCCGGAGAGGACGGAGAGUUUUCAGGCAAGAUGUGUGAAGAAGUUGAUGGAGGUGCAUGGUGUACUUAGGACGAGUCUUGUUGGGAUCAGUUAUGGGGGAUUUGUUGGUUAUAGUGUUGCAGCUCAAUACCCAGAGACCGUGGAGAGGUUGGUGUUGUGUUGCGCAGGCGUUUGCUUAGAGGAGAAGGAUAUGAAAGAUGGCUUGUUUCAAGUCUCUGAUCUCGACGAAGCUACUAGCAUUUUAUUGCCACAGACACCUGAGAAGCUAAGAGAAUUGAUGCGUUUCUCCUUUUUUAAGCCUGUCAAAGUCAUGCCAUCCUACUUCCUAUCUGAUUUUAUCGACGUAUGUGUAUCCGGAAAUAAGCUUCUGAUCAUUAAAAUUUAUGGGAAAAUGCUUUGUUUCUACCCUAAACUAUACACGAAAUUUUUGAGACACACUCAAACUUUUAGGAGGGUUCUAUUACCCUGA